AUGUACAUUGAUGUAAAAAUAAACGAGAAGCCAAUCAGGGCUAUGGUGGAUACUGGUGCUAACCACAACUGCCUUGCAUGUACCGAAAUAGAGCGGCUCGAACUUGUUCUGGAAAGGGGUAGUGGAAAAGUCAAAGCAAUCAACUCCACUGCUCAACCAAUAGCUCGAGUAGCGAAGUUGGGAGGAUGGGCGAGAAAAGUAUCUCAGCCAUGCAAUUUAGUAAGGGUUUUAAGAGAAAUGAACCUUUUUUUGUGCACUCUUCGAUUAGAGGAGAUCGAAAAGGUGAAUGGUCUUAUUCCAAUACCCAUUAAAAGGUUUAUUCAAGAAUUUGAGGACAUCAUACCGGACGAAUUAGCAAAGAAAUUACCACCAAGAAGGACGAUUGAUCAUGAGAUUGAAUUUAUUCCAAGUGCCAAACCUCCCGCUAGGGCACCAUACCGUAUGCCUCAGCCUCAGCUUGAAGAGCUUAGGAAGUAA